GACGUGGAUUUUCAUUCAGAGUCCGAGCUGCCCCGAAACUCGCACUACAGUGCACCUCAACGCCUGAUUUUACGUUACUUUUCUUAUAUUUACAACGAAUUCCUGGCAUUUUUGUCGCUAACCUUGCUUCGAGACAUUUUUGACACGGUGUAGUAAACAGGUAGGCAAAAUGAGUAAAAGCAACAAAGUGUUUAAUUUAAAAGAUAAACUAAAUGACAAGGAGAUGGAUUUGAGUCUGUGCAACCUCACCGAGGUGCCUGUCAAAGAGCUGGCUUUAUUCACCAAAGCGACGUUUUUGGACUUGUCGUGCAACAACAUCACCUCUCUGCCGCCUGAGUUCUGCAACCUAACCCACUUGGUGAAGUUGGACCUGAGCAAAAACCAACUGACCUGUUUGCCGGAUGACAUUGGAAACCUUACCAGUCUGCAGCACUUGGAUUUGUACAACAACAAGCUGAUCACACUGCCUGUUAGCUUCUCCCAGCUGCGGAGUCUGAAGUGGUUGGAUCUGAAGGACAAUCCUUUGGAUGCGGAGCUGGCCAAAGUGGCGGGAGAUUGCCUGGAUGAGAAGCAGUGCAAGCAAUGUGCUACUAAGGUUUUGAAGUACAUGCAGGUGCUGCAGGAGGAGGCCGACCUCGCACGAGAGAAGCGACUUUUGAGGGAGAAAGAGUUGGAGAGGAAACGAGAGGCUAAGAAGCGGGAACGUGAGGCCCGUGAGAAGGAGGCGCGUAAGCGGGAGAAGGCAGAGGAGAAAGAGAAGCGGAGGAAGGAAUACAACGCCCAGGUGGCCGCUGCCGCCGCCGUCCAGGAGCAGCAGCAGCAACAGAAGAAGAAGAACGAGGAGAAGAAGAGCAAGAAGAAGAAUGGACAUGCCACAGCCGGGAAAAAGACCGUAGCGGUGUCGGCGUCAAAGCCUUGCCGCUCAGCCUUAGUUCUUCUCUUCGAGCUCUUCCUGCUGCUGCUGCUCGGCAUGGCCAUUCUGAUAGCCACCUGCCGGCUGACGGAGCUGCGGCGGGAGGACGUGUGCGUGGCAUUGGACGCCGCCCUGGACCGGGGCCUGACUUGGGCCCGUGAGCAAGAAAUCAUCGUCCGCCGGCUCCUCGGCAAUCUCUCUGCGGCUGUUAAGGACUUUGUGGAAUCCAUGCAAAUGUCUAAAAGCUAAACUGGGAUUUGAAAUGAAUCUUUCUCAUUAAGAUGGCCACUGCUGCCGCUUGUCGUUGACGCAGAGAGACAAAAACGUGUGAAAAUUCCUAUGGAAUUGUCGCUCUUUGUACAACCGUCUGUUUUUAAAAAAAA